GCGUUAACAGCGCCGAAGAUGGAUGAAUCAUCAAAUUGUUACCUUAAAAGUAUCAAACAAAACUAAAUUCCUAGAAUUUUUUAAUUUUUUAUUUAUCAUAGUAGUAACACACAUUGUAUAUAUAUUAUUAAGGUAAACAAAUGCUUCAUCAGUACAAUUUGAGUCACAAUUGAAGUGAGUCACAAUUUGGGAAGAAUCACAUAACUUGUGGCAAUGAGAAGCACAUGUUUUCUCUCUUUGCUGCAUGUUGUUGUUCUUUUGGCUUUGUUUAAUGUUCCUCAAGUGAAAGCAGAAGAUCCAUACAAAUAUUUUACAUGGACUGUAACUUAUGGAACUCUUUCUCCACUUGGUAGUCCUCAACAGGUGAUUCUAAUCAAUGGUCAAUUUCCUGGACCUCAACUAGACUUAGUAACUAAUAACAAUGUGAUUCUCAAUCUUAUCAACAAAUUAGACCAACCAUUUCUACUCACUUGGAAUGGCAUUAAACAAAGGAAAAAUUCAUGGCAAGAUGGAGUAUUGGGAACCAAUUGCCCCAUACCUCCAAACUCAAAUUACACAUACAAGUUUCAAGCCAAGGAUCAAAUUGGAACCUACACAUACUUUCCAUCAACUCAACUUCAUAAAGCAGCUGGUGGUUUUGGAGCACUUAAUGUCUAUCAUAGAUCUGUCAUCCCAGUUCCUUAUCCAUACCCUGAUGGAGAUUUCACUUUCCUCAUUGGUGAUUGGUACAAAACCAGCCACAAGGCAUUAAAGGCGUCUUUGGACUCAGGAAAAUCUCUAGCCUUUCCUGAUGGUCUUCUUAUCAAUGGCCAAACUCAUUCAACCAUAAAUGGUGAUCAAGGAAAGACAUAUAUGUUUAGGAUCUCAAAUGUGGGAAUGUCAACAUCAAUUAACUUCAGAAUUCAAGGACAUACCCUAAAACUAGUAGAAGUGGAAGGGUCACAUGUUAUCCAAAAUAUAUAUGACUCACUUGAUGUUCAUGUUGGGCAAUCAGCUGCUGUUUUGGUAACAUUGAAUCAAAGUCCAAAGGACUAUUAUAUUGUUGCAUCAACAAGAUUUUCAAAAAGGGUUCUCACAACAACUGCACUGUUACACUAUUCAAAUUCUCACUCCCCUGCUUCUGGUCCUUUGCCUAAUCCUCCUUCUUACCAAUAUCAUUGGUCUGUGAAACAAGCUAGAAGCUUCAGAUGGAAUCAGACAGCAAAUGCUGCAAGACCAAACCCACAAGGAUCAUACCAUUAUGGAAAAAUAACUCCUACAAAGACAAUUCUAUUAGAAAAUUCAGCACCUUUGAUUAAUGGAAAACUACGUUAUGCUGUUAACAAAGUUUCCUAUAUUAACUCAGAUACACCUCUCAAACUUGCUGAUUACUUCAACAUUCCUGGAAUAUUCAAUGUGGAUUCAAUCCAAAGUCUUCCUUCAAAUAAUGGUCCUGCAUAUGUAGCUACCUCUGUUCUACCAACUUCUCUACAUGAUUUUAUUGAGCUUGUUUUCCAAAACAAUGAAGAAACCAUGCAAUCUUGGCAUCUUGAUGGAUAUGAUUUUUGGGUUGUGGGUUAUGGUUUUGGACAGUGGACACCAACCAAGAGAAGAUUCUAUAAUUUAGUGGAUGCUAUGACUAGGCACACUGCACAGGUGUAUCCAAACUCUUGGACUACCAUAUUGGUGUCGUUGGACAACCAAGGUAUGUGGAACCUAAGGUCUGCAAUUUGGGAAAGACAGUAUCUUGGGCAACAAUUAUAUCUUAGGGUUUGGACUGAUCAACACAGCCUUUACAAUGAAUAUGAUAUUCCCACUAAUGUAUUGCUUUGUGGCAAAGCUGUUGGACAUCCCCUUUAGUAUCAUCACCAACCAAUUUUAUGGUGUUUGUCUUAUAUUUAUGACUGUUUUACCACACUAGAAUAUUUAAGGAAAAAAGAUUGAGAGAAAUUAUAAAAUAUGUGAUUGUCUUGUGUAAA